AAAAAAAAAAAAAAAAAAGGUGACAGGCUGGGUGCAGUGGCUCACACCUGUAAUCCCAGCACUUUGGGAGGCCGAGGCAGGUGGAUCAUCUGAAGUCAGGAGUUUGAGACCUGCCUGGCCGACAUGGUGAAACCCUGUCUCUACUAAAAAUACAAAAGUUUGCCAGGCGUGAUGGCGUGUGCCCGUAAUCUCAGCUACCUGGGAGGUUGAGACAGGAGAAUCACUGGAACCCCAGAGGCGGAAGCUGCAGUGAGCCGAGAUUGUGCCACUGCACUCCAGCCUGGGUGACAGACCGAGACUCCAUCUCAAAUUAAUUAAAUUUAAAAAAAAAAGGCAAAGAGGGAGUCCUGCCUGGGUACAGGAGACCUGGGGUUGGGUCCCAGCCCUGCCGCUGACCUGCCCUGGGACUGCAGGAAGUUUCUUUCCCUGCCGGGCCCCAGGUUUCUUCUCAUCCGUAUAAUGAGAUUAGUCAUAACACCUGCCCUGCCCAUCUCUGGGGACCCAAGGAGAGGAUGAGUCGAUGAGCAAGAAUGUGUUUUCAAAAAGGGGAAACAAGCUCUUCCCACAUUCUGAUGUCUGCUUUCAACUGCCUUUUGAAAGGGAGUGAGAGAGGGAAAAAUUGUAUUAUACAGGCCGGACAUGGUGGCUCACACCUGGAAUCCCAGAACUUCAGGAGGCUGAGGUGGGAGGAUCACUUGAGCCCAGGAAUUUGAGACCAGCCUGGGCAACACAGUAAGACUCUCUUUCUACAAACAGUUAAAAAAUUAGCUGGGCAGCCGGACACAGUGGCUCACGCCUGUAAUUUCAGCACUUUGGGAGGCCGAGGCAGGCAGAUCACAUGAGGUCAGGCGUUCAAGACCAGCCUGGCCAACAUGGCGAACCCCGUCUCUACCAAAAAUACAAAAAUUAACCGGGAGUGGUUGUGCACGCCAGUAAUCCCAGCUACGCAGCAGGCUGAGGCAGGAGAAUCACUUGAACCCAGGAGGUGGAGGUUGCAGUGAGCCGAGAUCGUGCCAUUGCACUCCAGCCUGAACGACAGAGUGAAACUCUGUCUCAAAACAAACAAACAAACAAACAAAAAAUUAGCUGGGCAUGGUGCCUUAUACCUGCAGUCUCAGCUACUAGGGAGGCUGAAGUGGGAGGAUCACUUGAUCCUGGGAGGUCAAGGCUGCAGUGAGCUAUGAUCACACCACUGCACUCCAGCCUGGGCAACAGAGUGAGAUCUAUCUCAAAAAAUAAUAAUAAUAUAAUAAAUAAAAGAGACCCCAGAGAGCUUCCUUGACCCUUCCACCAUAUGAGGACACAGCUAGAAGGCACUCUACCAACCAAAAACAGACACCAACUCUUCCUAGGUUUUGUUUUUGUUCUUUUUUUUUUAAGAUGGAGUCUCACUUUGUCACCCAGGCUGGAGUGCAGUGGUGUGAUCUCGGCUCACUGCGGCCUCUCCAUCCUGGGUCCAAGCGAUUCUUGUGCCUCAACCUCCCGAGUAGCUGGAAUUACAGGCGCGUGCCACCACGACUGGCUAAUUUUGUAUCUUUAGUAGAGACGGGGUUUUUCCACAUUGGUCAGGCUGGUCUCAAACUUCUGACCUCAGAUGAUCCACCCGCCUUGGCCACCCAAAGAGCUGGGAUUACAGGUGUGAACCACUGCGCCCGGCCAGAAGUUUUUCUUGUGAGUUGAGGUGAACAUCUGAAUCCCCUCGGGGAACUGAGGUAUGUCCCCUUCAGGGAAUGGCCCCUCUUCAUCCAAAAAUGGGGCCCACAGGUGAUAAUCUGUUGGGUUUCCCGGAAUGAAGACAUCUGGCAUAAUUAGAGCGUGAAGGUCAGGCUGACGGGGGCUAGUACCCCGAUCCAGGGGAGAGGUGGUCACAGGUCUCGCUCCACCUGCCCUGAGCCCCAUCUCAUCUUUUUUUUUUUUUUUUUUUUUUUGAGGGGGAGUUUCACUCUUGUUGCCCAGGCUGGAAUGCAGUGGUGCGAUCUCGGCUCAUUGCAACGUCUGCCUCCUGGGUUCAAGUGGUUCUCCUGCCUCAGCCUCCUGCGUAGCUGGAGUUACAAGAACAAGCCACCACGUCCAGCUAAUUUUGUAUUUUUAGUAGAGAUGGGGUUUCGCCGUGUUGGCCAGGCUGGUCUCGAACUCCUGACCUCAGGUGAUCCACCCACCUCGGCCUCUCAAAAUGCUGGGAUUACAGGCGUGAGCCACCAUGCCUGGACUUCCAUCUGGUAAUUUUCUGUCUCGAGGAGGAACUACCCUGCCCUGGCAGAGGCUGGGGAUGAAGGAGGAAGAGAGAGCCGGUCCCCUGGAUAAAGAGACCCCUCCCUGGCGAUGCCAGAUUCACUGGGCUGGCAGAUUCUGCCCCCAAACCUGCCCAACCAGUUGUUUGAGAGGAGAGGGUACUUGGGAGGGGCAGCAGGAGAUGCCAGGAACAGCUUCCCCUAGCCGAGCACAGACUACAGACGGGGGAGCCUCUGGGGCUGCAGACACUGCAGACGGACGGACAGACAGAUGGACAACAGCUGGAGGCUUGGCCCGGCCAUAGGGCUCUCUGCGGGACAGUCCCAGCUGCUAGUGUCGCUGUUGCUGCUACUGACCUGUGUCCAGCCUGGGACAGACGUGGCUGCCCCAGAGCACAUCAGCUACGUGCCUCAGCUCUCAAACGACACCCUGGCGGGGAGGCUCACCCUGUCCACCUUCACGCUGGAGCAGCCUCUAGGCCAGUUCAGCAGCCACAACAUCUCUGACUUGGAUACCAUCUGGCUGGUGGUGGCCCUCAGCAACGCCACCCAGAGCUUCACGGCCCCACGGACAAACCAGGACAUCCCUGCUCCUGCCAACUUCUCCCAGAGGGGCUACUAUCUCACACUGAGGGCCAACCGGGUGCUGUACCAGGCCAGAGGCCAGCUCCAUGUCCUCCGUGUCGGCAAUGAUACCCACUGCCAACCAACAAAAAUUGGCUGCAACCAUCCCCUACCAGGACCCGGCCCCUACAGGGUGAAGUUCCUGGUGAUGAAUGACGAAGGACCCGUGGCUGAAACAAAGUGGUCCAGCGACACUCGCCUGCAGCAAGCCCAGGCACUUCGGGCUGUCCCCGGCCCCCAGAGCCCGGGCACCGUGGUCAUCAUCGCCAUCCUGUCUAUCCUCCUGGCCGUCCUCCUCACGGUCCUCCUGGCUGUGCUCAUAUACACCUGCUUCAACAGCUGCAGGAGCACUUCCCUAUCAGGCCCAGAGGAGACAGGGAGUGUGAGAAGAUACACCACGCACCUCGCAUUCAGCACUCCCGCCGAGGGGGCUUCCUGAAGGGUUCCAGAGGGGCCCACGUGUCCCUCCACCUCCUCCCUGGCCCAGGCUGCAGAGCCUGGGCUGGGACAUGCCCUGAAGCUUCUGGACCCUGAGAGAGAUUGUUUCUUUUCUUUACUAUUUUUUUUUUUUUUUUUUUUUUUUGAGACGGAGUCUCACUCUGUCACCAGGCUGGCAUGAUCUUGGCUCACUGCAACCUCUGCCUCACGGGUUCAAGCGAUUUUCCUGCUUCAGCCUCCUGAGUAGCUGGGACUACAGGCACACGCCACCAUGCCCAGCUCAUUUUUGUAUUUUUAGUAGAGAUGGGGUUUCACCAUGUUGGCCAGGAUGGCCUCCAUCUCUUGACCUUGUGAUCCGCCUGACUCGGCCUCCCAAAGUGCUGGGAUUACAGGCAUGAGCCAUCAAGUCUGGUGAGAGAGAUUGUUUCUAGAUCACGGUGGGGGUGGGUGUCCUUAGCCCAAAGCUUGUGCCAGUAUCUAUCAGAAAUAAAUGGCCCCAAUACCUCCCUGCC